CGGCCUCCCGCUGCGGCGCGUCCCCGGACGGCUGGCCUGGCUGCGGCUGCCGCUGCCCGCCAAGGCGACAUGAAGGAGGCGGCGGGCGGCACGGCCCCCCCCGGGGGGGCCCCUUUCUGCAGCCGCCUGAACCACUCGUACCCCGGCCUGUGGGGCUCCGAGCCGGGCGCGCCGCCGGGGGGCAACGGCACGGGCCGGGGGGCGGCCGAGGAGGAGUGCGGCUCCGUGUCCGUGGCCUACCCGCUGGCCAUGAUGAUCACGGGCCUCGUGGGCAACGCGCUGGCCAUGCUGCUCGUGUCCCGCAGCUACCGGCGCAAGGAGAGCAGGCGCAAGAAGUCCUUCCUGCUGUGCAUCGGCGGGCUGGCGCUCACCGACCUCGUGGGCCAGCUGCUCACCAGCCCCGUGGUCAUCGCCGUCUACCUGUCCAAGCGGCCCUGGCAGCAGCUCGACCCGUCGGGCCGCCUGUGCGCCUUCUUCGGCCUCAGCAUGACCAUGUUCGGCCUGUGCCCCCUGUUCAUCGCCAGCGCCAUGGCCGUGGAGCGGGCCCUGGCCAUCCGCGCGCCGCACUGGUACGCCAGCCACAUGAAGACGCGGGCCACGCGCGGCGUGCUGCUGGCCGGCUGGCUGGCCGGCCUCGCCUUCGCGCUGCUGCCCGUGGCCGGCGUGGGCCACUACACCGUGCAGUGGCCCGGGACCUGGUGCUUCAUCAGCACGGGCGAGCGCGGCGCCAACGGCACGGCCUCCGCGCACCGCCGGGGCAACCUCUUCUUCGCCUCCACCUUCGCCUUCCUGGGGCUGAGCGCGCUGGCCGUCACCUUCGUCUGCAACCUGGCCACCAUCAAGGCGCUGGUGGCCCGCUGCCGGGCCAAGGCCACGGCCGCGCAGGCGGGCGCGCGCUGGGGCCGCAUCACCACCGAGACCGUCAUCCAGCUCAUGGGAAUCAUGUGCGUCCUGUCCGCCUGCUGGUCCCCCCUCUUGAUCAUGAUGUUGAAAAUGAUCUUCAACCAGACUUCGGUGGAGCACUGCAAGACGCCGAACCCCCAGAUUGAGAGGCCCAAGGAAUGCGACUUCUUCCUGACCGCCGUCCGCCUGGCUUCCCUGAACCAGAUCUUGGAUCCGUGGGUUUAUCUGCUGUUAAGAAAAAUCCUCCUGCGCAAGUUCUGUCAGGUUGAUAACUUAAAAAUACGGAACACAGUGGAACUGCAGAAUGGACAUUUCACCUUCACCUUGGCUCAGUGCUAAGUAACUCAUUCAAGAUUCAUGUUUCGUGACAAAUCAGGAAAUGACAUGGGUUCAUUCUCCUAGUGGCGGUCAUCUGCUCCCAGAAGAGGUAGAACUGUUGCCAGAAGCAUUGAUUACUGAACAAUCAUCACCAGAACCAGGACCUCUCAAUCUCUGCUACUACCAAGAUGGCCACCAAGGUUAGAAACAACCGUCUCAGGAAAAAAGCAUGCACGGCAUCAGAGGCAACCUGAGAUUUUAGGUACAUUCUCAUGCAAGGCUACAUCAGCACGUGUGCUCAUUGCCAUGUUCUCCCUAUUGCCAUGGCUUCCAUUGAAGAGGAAAGGAAACAUAUCCCCUCUCUUUCCUGAUGGAAAUCCAAGGAAGAGGCUCAAAAAGUCUUGACAUGAUUGUCUGUGAGGAAGAAUGAUAAACUAAAAACCUUCUUCAUUAUUAGUACCCUAAAGGUUAUUGAAUAAGCAUCAAUUCCUGCCCAUGGUCACUUCUCUUUGGUUCAAGUCUCCUUUCCCAUCUCUUUCCCUCUACCUCCAUGACACAAGGAACAUGUAGGAGCUGGACUAUUAUGUGAUAUUCAGUAAGAUCCCAGGGCACAUAAGGUGUCACUAGAAGAGCCUGUGCUUGGGCUCAGGUUCAUCACCCUAAUGAUUCCACAUGUGUUUAUUAAGUUCCUGCUCCAUGUUGGUCACUCUACUAGGACAUAUAGACACAAAGUGAGCUAGCCCUGACCUCAAGAAUUAUAGAUUCUAUGGGGGAAAGAAGCCUAUAUACUUAAAAUACCAAUAUAACUAGGUAUCCAUCCUCAAAUUUUUCUAAAUGUCUAUUGAUUCAAGUAUCUAUUCAUCUAAGUAUCUACCUAUUGACCUAAGUAUUUGUUGAUUUAAGCAUCUAUGAUCAAAGUAUCUGCAUAAAUAUCUGUUAAUCUACCUAUCCAUCCUCAUGUCUGUCUGUCUGUCUAUCCAUCAUACAACCAUCUAUUCAUCUAUCCAUCUAUUGAUCUGUUCAUCUAUCCACCCAUUAAUCCAUCAAUCUAGCAUUAUUUUGGAGCCAGAGAGGAGAUGGCAACAGCAGGGUCUAUCAGGGAAUGACAAAAUUAAAGAUGGUGUUUUGGUGCUUCCUUAAUGUCCCCUCAUUGAUCUUGGGAUUCACUUCCCCAUUCAAGGUUUUUAUUGGGUCUAGCUUCAGAGACUUGAGAGGCACUCUGAAGAUAUAUGAGAAGAAAUGAGCAAUGGCAUUGACAUUUCAUUGACAUUUCUGACUUCUCUCCAUAGUACCCCCCACUCCCUGAUCCCUCUUCCUUCUGGGAUUUUACUCUUUUCCCCAAUAUUGCUGCCCCAUGUCACAUCUGUUUUGUCCUUUUCAUUUUCUGCCAUCUCUGAGUUUCAGCCUUCCUGACUGGCAUAGACCCACUCUUUGGUCUUCAUCCUCUUGAUCUGACCUUCAUUAUCCCUGAAAUUCACUCCAACAUAGGAUCAGCUUCAGAAUUGGUUGGGCCUGAAAGAGCUGAUCCAAUCCUCUUGAAUUUAUAGUUGAAGACCCUGAUGUCUUGUGAGCCUAAUUGACUGGCAAGGUCAAACAGAUAGUGAAAAACGAAGCAAGGAUUUGACUCCCAGUCCUCUCACUACAAAAACUAAGCAGGGUCUUCACUGCACCACGCUGCCUCAGACCUGUUUUCUCUUCUCUUCAUAGUCACAAAUGGUUGAAUUUGAAAUUGGCUCUGGCAGUUUGUCCCAGGCAGGGUCCCACUUUGCAACAAAGUGCCAAAUCCAAGCGACAAGGAUCUGGUAGGUCUCCAGAUGCCAUUUCUAAGUCCCCCUUCUCUGUUGCUAGGAAGAUGGGGGAGAUGUAAAUGUUCGGUGCCGAUUUGCCUGGCCAGCUCUGCCCUUGGCAGAGUACCUCUUGUACCAGCUUUUCCCCCUUUUGUUUUCUUGAAAUCUGAUCAGCCCUCAUUAGACCAGUGCAGGACAUUUUGCUCAGAACAUACAGCGUCCCAAAGCCCAAACUAAAUAGUUAUCUCUUCAUUGGAAAGGAGUAGGAAAUCUCGAGCUCCAAGUAUGAUUACAGAAGCCUAAAGAACAAUUGGGAGCCAGUUCCAGCUAGAGUUUCCCCAAUUUGCUUUUCACUCAUAAGGUAUGAGAUAAAGUUGUCUCCUAGGGAAGACUGCCCUGUAGGCAAUGCCCUGCCUUGGCCCGACAUCAAAAUAUUAUGGAACUAAAUGUAUGCACCGCGGGCCUUCUUACCUACAGUUCUGUAGAUUUGUUUGCUUAAAAAAUAUUUGCUUACCUGCAUUUCAAUAUAAUUAGUUUCCUUUGCAAUUCUGUGCAAUUUUCCUCGACUGGGAGGCGACACAUAUAACAAAGAAUACUUUUAAAAUAUAUUUUCCCUGUUUAUUUUUAAAAUAACGUUU